GUUGCACACUACCUAUCCGUCUUGUAACUGUAACAACUAACAGGUAAGCUUUCGCUGCAAUGCUACAUUCGUCGUGUCUCKUUGGCCAUUACAGUACUGCGACUGCCCAGUGCUGAGUGCCCUCAGGAUAUCUGAGUUGGAUAUUGAAUUGGUGAAUUCCAAACAAUCAAAAGUUCAGUAAUUCGUUUUGAUAAAUUAAGGUCAUCAUUGUACAUCACUGUCUUUAAGCCAUGGAAAACACCAAAAAGGCUCUGUCUUCUAUACCACUCCUUAAAACAAAAGCCGGUCCUAGGGACGUUGAUUUGUGGCCACAAAGACUCAAAGAAGAAUACCAAUCUCUAAUCCAAUAUGUUCAAAACAAUAAAGCAGCCGAUAAUGAUUGGUUUCGUUUAGAGUCAAAUAAGGAGGGAACUAAAUGGUUUGGAAAGUGUUGGGUAUUUCAGAAUCAGUUAAAAUAUGAGUUUGAAAUAGAAUUUGAUAUUCCUGUAACGUUCCCUGCUACAGCACCUGAAAUUGCAUUACCUGAACUUGAUGGUAAAACUGCCAAAAUGUAUCGAGGUGGCAAAAUAUGUUUAUCAGACCAUUUUAAACCAUUAUGGGCCAGAAAUGUACCUAAGUUUGGUAUCUCUCACGCUUUAGCACUUGGUUUGGGUCCAUGGUUAGCAGUUGAAAUACCAGAACUAAUUCAAAAAGGAGUAGUUAAGUAUAAAGAAAAAGAAGAAGAUAAUUAAUUACGUUUCAAAAUUAUGAAAAAAUUAUUUUGGGAUAAUUUUUGAGAGCUUAAGUGAUUUAUAAUUUUUAUGUUUUAUAUUAAUUUUAAAAUUAAUGUUGGAGAUUCAAAAAAACUAUUAAUU